GAACAGCACAUUAUUGAAGAAGACGAGAUGUUCAUGAGUAAAGAAAUAUGUUUGAUUGUUUUCAUUUUCGCUGUUCAUGGGUUUUGUCGAGAUAUUAUGAUGUUAAAAGAAAAUGACACUUAUACGGAAGAGUUAUUUCUGAAACGUCUCAAAAGUGAACAACUUCUAUCACAAUUUCGCUUCGUCAUCACCAGUGAUCUCCCACUUUCCAGUGAUUAUCGGACAUAUCCACGCAUCAUUGCUGAAGUAUUGCGAAAGUAUGAUGUUCGCGAAUUUCAUCUCUCUCUAACACAAGGAUUGUGGCAUACAGCACAAUGGGGCAUUGCACCGCAACCUGCAGCUCCAAGUGGUGCGCAGCUAUACGCAUGGUUCAACGGGAAUUCGUCGAGUGUUGAUGAAAGGUGGAAUUAUUUGGUGAAUUCACUGAAUGGGAUAUUUUGUACAUCGCUUUUGCAAAUGGUACCUUCGUUAACCUCAACACCACAGUUGUCGUUCAAUGCACGCGGUCUUGUAUCUCCAUCGUCAUCUCACCACAGUAUGUUGAGGCACUUUUCAACUGAAUUUUGGAAUAUCACGCGAGUGUUACCGCUAUGGCUGAAAUAUUUUCGUGUUGUAUUCAUUGAUCAUGAUCACGUAAUGAUUUUAAGGUAUGGCUCGUUGACAGGUGAAAAUGUUUGUACUGAAAAUUUGACACCUUGGCGUAAAUUACUACCUUGUAAGCAGACGGGUCUUUCAAUGUUACUUAAUCCAAUCAAAUUGUACGGUUCGAAAUUCCAUUCGAUGUCAGUGCAUGUUACACGAGUUUGUGAGGUGGGUUUUAUUCGUGUCAUGUUUUGCUUUCUAAGGUUGUGUCUAUCCGAACAAAGGCUUAAAAGUUCGGGAAUGUUACCACCUUGUAAAGAGCGUUCUCGAGUUGAAAUGAAUUUAAAUGUGGUUACUGAUGUAAAUUUACGACAUCAGACACUCGAUUGGAGUUUGUACGAACUGUAUGGUCGUAAGUUGGACAAUAAGUGUAUUAUUGCGGAUUCGAGUAAAAUUUUAUUCGAACGUGAUCGGAAAUCAGUCACAAUCAACGAGCCCAAUGAACAACGUGAAUACGAUGGUCGUAUUUUCAAUAUUUAUGACAUCAAUAAAAUGCCGCAGACUUUUUUCCCUUUCAAUUUGAUCGCAAAAUAUAAGUCGCGACUAAAUCUCGUCAUUGAUCGACCGCCUUCUCUUAUCAAAUUGCAUAGUUAUCUGGGCGGUGUUGAUCAGCAGUCAGGAUAUGUCAUAAGCAUCAUACAAAAUAAGCAAACGCGUGAUCAACGUGCUGUUUAUACGCAUAUGAUACCGUGGUUUAUGCGAAUCUAUUUCCAUACUAUCCAGCUAAAGUGUGGAACGUUAGAUGAGAGUCGUUUCAUUUUGGCAUUUGAAAGUUUUCAGGAAGCGCAAAUAUCAAAAGAAGCCAACGUGAAUCGCCGUAAUUUUGUACCAGCCAAAGAUCGUCAACGACCGUUCUUGAUUGAAUGGGAUUUUGUGAUACCAUCCGAAUCGUCGUGUGAAUUUUCAUUCGAAUUCGAUAAAGCAUUUCUGAAAGUGAGUGAGUUUCCGCCGGAUGCAAAUCAUGGUAGUUAUGUGCCAGCAGCCAGUCUGACAUUCAUCGCACAUGAUCAAGUUUGGUACGCAAAUCGUUCAGCGCUUGGCAGUGAUCGAACAACUGCUGUUGAUGAGUUGACUGGCAAAGAAGCGCUGUCGUCACGUCUUGUAACGAUAUUCGGUGAAGCGCUGUUGGUGUCAUUACCAGUACCCGAUUUCAGUAUGCCAUUCAAUGUGAUUUGUUUAGUUUGCACGGCGAUGGCAAUGCUCUUCGGGCCAGUUCACACGCUAACAACGAGAACGUUCGUUCAUCGUUUUCUUAUUUUUGUGAGAACUCGAAAAUUUUCGAUUGUUUUGCACGAUUCAGCAUUACAUUCUAUUGAAAAGCAAGUCUAG